CCUUGCUAUUUUACCCCCCCACCCCACGUCCAAAAAAGAGACUCCCCUUAUUUCUCUCUCUAUCUUUGUGGUUUUUCUCUUUCUAUACCUCCUCAAGUGUCAUUUUCUCACAUAUACUUCACACAAAAGAUACAACCAUUCACUUAUACCUUGUCAUUUCUCUCCCUUCUCUUUCUCUCUCUCUAUCUCUAUCUUCUUCUCUACAACUACCCUUUAAUCUUUAAUUUCCCUUCUUCAAUCUUCAAUUCAUCAACUUAACAUUUUUAAGUCAUUAAUUAAUAAACCAUUAGUGUAAGACUUAUAUAUUAUUACAACAGAAGUUUUAUUUAAUUAUUAUAGUAUUAAUGGAGUUAUUUCCUGCACAACCCGAUUUGUCUUUACAAAUCAGCCCACCAAACCCGAAACCCACUUCCACAGUUUCAUCUAAUCCAGAUUUGGAUCAUUUAACCUAUUGGAAAAACCGGGUUUCGGAUAAUUCUCGUAACGGGUAUUUAAAACCCGGAUUUGAAUCCACUACAUCGCCGUCAUCCACGGCGGCGAUCGACUUAUCACUAUCUAAUCCCGUAACGGCUGCUUCAGCCACUACGGGUUUUCACCAUCACUACCAUCAACAGCAGCAACAGCUUUGUCAGCAGUUGCUGCAACAUCACCAGCACCAGCACCCAAAUUCGGGCGCUGGUGCUGGAAUGGGCCUAGUGGGCCCAGACAUGGGUUUUUCAAUGCCCAUUAGAGGGAUACCAGUUUAUCAAAACCCUCCUCCAUCUUUUCCUUUUGCUUCUCCUGGAUUACCUCAAAGUUUGGAUUCUUUUGGUGUUAGUGUUGGAAGUGUACCUGCUGCGGGUCUAGCUAAUGGUAGUAUAGGUUCACCUACAGCUAAUCAUCAUCAUAAUCAUAAUCAUCAUCAUCAUAUAGCUUAUCAAUCACCAUCUAAUCAUCAUCAUCAUCAUCAUCAAGGGUUGAUGAGAUCGAGGUUUAUAUCAAGGUUUCCGGCUAAACGGAGUAUGCGGGCCCCACGGAUGCGGUGGACUUCUACUCUUCAUGCCCGUUUUGUUCAUGCUGUUGAACUCUUGGGUGGACAUGAAAGAGCAACACCUAAGUCAGUACUUGAACUCAUGGAUGUCAAGGAUCUAACCUUAGCUCAUGUCAAGUCACAUUUACAGAUGUAUAGAACCGUGAAGACAACAGAUAGAGCAGCUGCUUCUUCUGGGCAAGGGGAUGUUUAUGAAAAUGGAUCAUCAGGUGAUACUUCAGAUGACAUGUUUGGGAAUAUGCAAAGUAGUAGAAGUUCGGAACGUCCUACACUUCAACAUAAUAGAUCAUCAUCUAAUUUGCUUCAAGAUAAGGAUUAUUCUCAUGGACUUUGGAGCAAUUCUUCAAGCAGGGAAGCUUGGUUGCAUAGCAAACCUAAGGAAUCUGGUGGAAACAAUUUGCAUUGCCAAUCUUCUCUUGAGAAGGAGGUAGAUCCAAAAUGCUUAAGCUAUGAAAGAGUGUCAGAAGUGAGUUCAUCAGGAGAAAAUCAGACAAGUCCAACAAAGCCAAAUCUUGAGUUCACCUUGGGGAGACCACAUUAACAUCAUUAUAUCAUAAUUACCUAAUUAAUCAUUUCUAGCUUUUCUAUUUUUGGGGAGAAGAGAAGAAUUAACUCCAAGGUUAAACUCUAAAUCAUCAUCAUGGUAAAAAGCAUGCAGUAACUAAUUUUUUUACUGCUACUCAUUUUGAAAUGAUUACAGUGUACUGCCAAUUUUUACUUGGUGAUUGGAAGAAUCAGGUUCUCUCUGGUUAUAAUUUCAGAGCCAGAAAGAGAAAGGGAAGAAAAAGGAAAAGGAAAAGGAAAAAAAGGACAAGGAGACAAGAAAGACAGAAAGCAACAAAGGAAUUGAAGGAAAGGGAAUGGGAAUGGGAAUAUGAGAAAGAUUUAUAAUAUAGUAUUGUAAUUUGGGGAGGUCUAAGAAAAUGAAAAAAAAAAAAAAGAAAUUGUCCUAAGAUCCAAAUCAAAAAUAUAUUAUAUUAAUUAUUCCCUUAGUAAAUAUGAUAUUCUAAUUGAUUUUGUAUGUUUUGAAAUGAGAAUUAGAGAAAGAAAAGAGAGAGAUAGACUUUAAUUAAUUAUUGUAACUACUACUAUUACUUCUACUUAUCUUGAAAGUUUGAAGUAAUCCUUGGUAAUUGUAAUGGGUCCUUUUUACAUUUUGAUCAUGGAAAAAAAGAGUUUAAAGGAAAUUUUAAUUUAUGAAGAGUUAUUAUUAAUUUCUUAA